AUGGCGGGGAACAAUGGAGACAUGUACUGGUUAAACGGUAUUGCGCAUGUUGCGGAGUUUAUUGACGAGAGGAGCACUCGUAGGCAACAGAAGAUAAUAAUGCAUGACCGUAUACUACUGUACUUAGAUAGUGCUGGAUUAUUACAUGUUGCAAGGCUGAAUGAUUAUUGGAUUAAUCUUGAUGAGCCACUGUUUAGUGCAUUUAUGGAGCGAUGGUGUCCCGAGAUCCACACAUUUCACAUGUCUUUUGGGGAGUGCACAGUAACUUUACAAGAUGUGGCAUAUCAGUUUGGGCUCCCUGUUGAUGGAUUUGCAGUUAGUGGAUGUCUCAGCGACUUUGAGCAGUUGAUAGAGAGGGAAAAGCCUACGCAGGUGUAG